GCAGGAACAACCCUCUCUUCCAUCGUUCCAUCUUUCCCCCUCUUGGACCAACCUCCAGCUUGUUCUAAUAAUUAUUUCUGCGAGAAAUUGCAUUUUGAGCAAUGUCCAGCAAUGCUUUGACGUCGUCGGACGAUGAUAGGCCUCUUGACAAAAGAUAUCAGACUGGUCUCAACGGGCACGUCGUUACCAAUGGUAAUGGGAAUGUUGACGAUGAUUCAAGCGAUUCCGCAAUGAGCGAGGACGAUGACUUGCCCUUGUCUCAAACGGCUCGUCCAAAUGCAGGAGGCCGUCAACUGGCUGGGUCAUCGAAGCGGAAGAGACCCCAUAAUGUUGAAUCGUCUUCGAGUGAUGACGAUACUCCACUCGCAUCUUCACCAGCAAAGCAGUCCAAGUCGGCGGCAAUUUCAAUGCCAGGCGCAGUUGAGGCAACGGUACUUCCGCCACCACCUUCAAAAAUGGGUUUUGAUGGCAGUGAAACAUCAAAGAUAAAGGUGAAACGCAUGGCUCAGAAGUCAGCAGUACCUCCCAAGAAGAAGGUUAAGAAGGAGGAGACAGGACACAAAGAAGGUGGCGACGACGGCUCCUCAAGUGAGGAUGACGCUCCGAUUAUUAAGAAGGCAGCGAAGCGGAAAGCCAAAGUCAAAGUCGAGAGCGAAGCAGAGCCCUCUUCUGAGGAAGAGAAGCUAUCUGUUAAGAAGGCGCGCAAGAGAGCUUCCACUAAAAAAGUCAAGGAGGAAGAAGGGUCAGUUUCAGAGGCGCCCAAGGUUAAGAAAAAAGUGAAAGGAGAACCACAGGGCUCAGCAAAGAAAGUCAAGGGUAGCAAGAAGGAAGAACUGGACGAAGGCGAGGAAGUGUAUCGAUGGUGGGAAGCUCAGCAAGCCAACGGUGAUGGAGAGGAGAAAUGGCAAACACUUGAGCACAGUGGCGUUAUCUUCCCUCCCCCCUACGAGCCUCUCCCUUCACAUGUCAAAAUGAAGUACAACGGAAAACCUGUGGAUCUCGACCCUAUAGCAGAAGAGGUUGCUGGGUUUUAUGCAGCUAUGCUCGAAACUGAACAUGCUCAGGACAACACGUUCAAUAAAAAUUUCUUUGAAGAUUGGAAGAAAGUCCUAAAGGACGCACCUCCUCGCAAUAAGAUCAAAAUUACGAACUUUGAACAUUGUGAUUUCAGGCCAAUGUAUGAAUAUUUUGAGGGAGAAAAAGCAAAGAAAAAAGCAAUGACCACUGCAGAGAAGAAAGAGCUCAAGAAACAGAAAGAUGCAUAUGAGGAGAAAUAUGUGACGUGUGUUCUUGACGGCCGAAAAGAGAAAGUGGGGAACUUCAGAGUUGAACCUCCGGGUCUCUUUAGAGGUCGGGGUGACCAUCCGAAGAAGGGUGCUUUGAAGUUCCGAGUACGCCCGGAGGACAUAACCAUUAAUAUCGGCGCAGAGUCACACAUCCCCAUUCCAAAUAUGCCAGGUACAUGGAAGCAAAUUAUCCAUGACAAGACGGUCACUUGGCUUGCUAAUUGGGUUGAAAAUAUCAACGGAAAUCAUAAGUAUGUGUUCCUGGCGGCGGGUAGUUCUCUGAAAGGACAAAGCGACAUGUCUAAAUUCGAGAAAGCUCGGGAGUUGAAGAAACAUGUGGAUAGGAUACGUCAGGAUUAUAACGCAGACUUGAGGAGUAAGAUAAUGGCAGAUCGUCAGAGGGCAACAGCUAUGUAUUUCAUCGAUCGCUUAGCCCUUCGUGCCGGAAAUGAGAAAGGAGAAGAUGAAGCAGAUACUGUUGGUUGUUGUUCGCUUCGCUGUGAACAUGUCACCUUGGAAGCCCCGAAUUUCAUUAUAUUCGAUUUCCUGGGUAAAGAUUCAAUUCGAUACUACAACCGCGUUGCCGUGGAAUUUCAAGUUUUCAAGAAUAUCCGUUACUUCAAGGAAAACAAAGAAGAUAAUGACAAUUUGUUUGAUCGUGUUAACACGACGCUUCUCAACAAGCACCUGCAAUCAUACAUGAAGGGUUUGACCGCAAAAGUUUUCCGUACUUACAACGCAUCGAUCACAUUCCAGGAGCAGUUGGACGAAAGCACCCCCGAGAAUGCUACUGUGCAAGAGAAACUGAAUGCAUAUAACCACGCUAACCGCAUGGUAGCAAUUUUAUGUAACCAUCAACGCAGUGCUCCCAAAACACACGAGCAAUCUAUGGAGAAAAUGCGAGAUAGGCUUCGCUCGUUCAAAUAUGAACGUAUGAAACUACGUCACGUAUUGUUCAAUGCUGAUCCCAAAUACAAGAAAAAGAAGCCAUACGCCAACGAUGAAUCUGACUUGGAUGAUGACUGGAUUGAGCAACAUGAGGAAUCACUAAAGAACAAGGAUAUCGAAAAAGCUCAGAAAAAAUUCGCAAAGGACAACGAGAAGUUGGUAGAGGAGGGUAAGGCGCCCUUAGACGAAUCGGCAUUACAAGACAAAAUAGAUAGCAUAGAAGCUGACUACGAGAAGCUUGUCAGCGAGCGUGGGACAGAGAGAGCGACAUUGAAGAGAGAGCGGCCAAUAGAGAAGCUGGAAGAAAACAUCCAGAAACUAGACGAGAAGAUGAAGACCUUCAAGUUGCAGAUGGAUGAUCGGGAAGCAGGCAAGGAGGUUGCUUUGGGAACAAGUAAAAUCAACUACUUGGACCCACGGAUCACGGCGGCUUGGUGUAAAACCCACGACGUACCUAUAGAGAAGAUUUUCUCGAAGACACUACUUGUCAAAUUUCCAUGGGCAAUGGAGGUCGACAAUAACUGGAAAUUCUAACUGUCUAGUCUAGACUGCAUGGACUUGCUUGUCGAUAUAAAUUCAUUCACUACUAGUAUCUACCAGAGUCUUCCGUUGGACAGCGCAACACACUGCACUUUUAUUCUCUUUCGAUUUUGCAUGGCACUCCGGACGUUGUGCGAAGAGCAUGUAUGGAGG